ACGUGCGACGAUACGACCAAGGAAUUUGGGUUACCUUAAUAAAUGAGACGACACGUCAGACGAGUGUUUAAAGGUAACAACUGGUUUAUUAUUAUAUGAACAAAAACAAAUAUCUAUGUCGGAAAUGACAAUAAGUCCGACACGAGGAACAAAGUAUAUAAAAAACGCGUGCAGUGUCGAUGAGAUCGGUCGCGAGAGACGAGCAACUCAUCAAACGAUGUUAAUGAUUUGUAUGAUAAUCAAUUAGGAGAAAUGUUUGGAGAUAUGACACAAUACUAUGACAGUGGAUACGACUCACUUGUAUCACUUCGUUCACCGAACUUGAUUCGAGUGGAAGAAUUAAGUUUAGAUUCACCUAUCAUGAUUUCCACGGAAGAUAUUAAAUUGAUUAUUGCAUCUCACCCACUACUACACAAUUAUUCCACCGAUAUGUUCACUCCGACCCAAUAUAAUGAAAAUAAUUAUUUUUAUGAGGAUAAAAUGAAUAAUGUUCAUCAUGAAGACGAUGAUGAUUUUUGUAAAAAGGCGUUGGAUGCAUAUGAACAAUCUGCACGUCGCUAACGUCAUUCAAUUAGCUGACAACGUAUACGUGCCA